AUAUUUAGUGUCAGUCGCCGCCGCCGUUAAUAUUUGUCGGCGCAGGGCUCUGUUUUGCUGCUCUUUAUUUGAAGAUAAAUUUGGUGAAAAUUACAAUUUAUUUUUAAAUAAAAAUCAGUGCAAAUCAAACAGCUAAAGAUAUCACAUAUAGUAGUUACUGAACAGGAAGUAUCAAUUUAUAAAAUAAGAACAAUUGAAAAAUAAUGGAUUCUGCACCAAAUCCUGAUAUGAUGCAGCAGCAGGCUGGCUAUGCUCCACGACGUCAAUAUGACCAAAUGCCACCUAAUGUUGCUGCUAUGCCUCCUGUUAAUAUGCCAAAUGGCCAGGGACAAGUGGGUGGAGCGGUGCCAGCUGCCCCCACCAAGAUUUUGCAAAGGCCGGCUAAAGUCAAAAAGGAAAAAAUUGAUGAUUUAAUUGCUACUACUAGCAAAAUGGCAAUUGAGGAAUCAUUGAAGUUGACUGAUGCAAAUGGUGUCGCUAUGAAAACACCCGUUUCAUUGCUGCAAGAACUACUUAGCCGUCGUGGCAUAACUCCAAGUUAUGAGUUGGUGCAAAUCGAGGGGGCCAUCCAUGAACCCACCUUCCGUUAUCGUGUAUCAUUCAACGAUAAAGAUGUACCAUUUACAGCUAUGGGCGCUGGUCGCUCUAAGAAAGAGGCUAAACAUUCAGCUGCAAGAGCUUUAAUUGAUAAAUUAACUGGGGUACAAUUGCCGGAACCACAAACUUCACCGGCCGGCUCGAAUGCAGCAGCUGGCAUGGAUGGUAAUGCUAAUGCUGCCGGUAGUGGGGGAGAUGGUGCCGAUAAAAUUGUUGGCAAUCCCAUUGGCUGGCUGCAGGAAAUGUGCAUGUCUCGCCGCUGGCCCCCACCAAACUAUGAAACUGAAACCGAAGUUGGUUUGCCGCAUGAGCGCCUCUUUACCAUUGCUUGUACUAUACUGAAUUUCCGUGAAGUUGGCAAGGGUAAAAGCAAGAAAAUUGCCAAACGUACGGCCGCUCAUAAAAUGUGGACUCGUUUGCAGGAGACACCCAUUGAUAAUAAUCAAUUGGUUGAAACUAUGGGCACCGAUUUGGGUGGUGAUAAAUCCAAUUAUUAUGGUGAUUUGAAAGAUAUCACGGUACCAACACUUACCAGUCAACAUAGCAGUAAAGUUUCACAAUUCCAUAAGACCCUUAAGAAUUCGACCGGCAAAAAAUUAAUUAAAUUGCAGAAAACUUGCCUAAAAGAUCCCAAAAUUGAUUAUGUCAAACUAUUGGGUGAAAUUGCACACGAAAAUCAAUUUGAGGUAACUUACGUGGACAUCGAAGAGAAGACCUUCACUGAUAAAUUUCAAUGUUUGGUACAACUAUCCACUCUACCGGUGGGUGUUUGCCACGGUUCUGGCACUACACCAGCUGAUGCCAAAAAGAUGGCUGCACAAAAUGCUUUGGAAUAUUUGAAAAUUAUGACCAAAAAAUGAAUUCAAAGUAAUUGUGUAAAAUCACUUUAAGUUUUUACACACUGUAUUGCAGCUGUUUUAAUGAAAAAUUGACAACAUUUCUCGAACCAACAAAAUAUGAAAUUCAAAGCAGGGUAAAGAGAAAGAUGGGUUUGUUUAUUUUUUUUUGUUUUUUUAAUUUUAUAAAUUGUUUUUUAUAUUUGCUACUUGACUUUGAGAAAUUUCUUUUCUUAACUUAAAUUUUGGAAAAAAUCACUUAGUUUUUUCAUUAUUGACUUAUUUAAAAUAUUGGUUAAAGGAUGAUUUAAAAGCUCUGGAAUUAUUGAUUAUUUUGAGAAUUAUUAUUUUUUACUUUUUAUCGUUUUAAAAGCCCACAAAACAAGCAGCUGACAUGCAUUAAAAAAAUCUUAAAAAAUAAAUAUUUAAUAUUAUUUAACUAAAUACAUAAAUAACUAAUAUAUAAAAUAUGCAUUUUGCAAUUAUCAAUUAUAAUUAAAAGUAUUACAAAAAAAAAAUAUAUUAAAAAACAUAAAAAAAUUUCAUGAAAUAUUACAACACAAAAAAUGCUUAUAUAUAAAAACAAAACUUAAAAAAACCAAAACAAAUUUAAAUGUUACUCUUAAGAGAAAAAAAAAAACAAAGAACGAAACAAACUUAAAAAUCAAUAAUUAAACUUUUUUGACAAAACUAAAAAGUAUAAGAUGGAAAAUUUAUAUUUUAAGUUAUAGUUAUUUAUGUAACUAGUUCAAUUAUAAAAACAAAACAUUAGAGUUGGUUUAACUAAUAGAGCAUAACAACAAACAACAACAGGAACUAAUAAAAAUCCUCCCUCUCCAACCAACAAAGAAG